GGAAGGCGGUUUUUCCUUGCGUUUGGCUGCCAGAAGCGGGAGCGCAAUGCAUGUAGAGUGGCGUCAUGCGUACCUUAGUCGCCCCUCAAUAAGCCGCCCCACGUUUGAGAAGGUGAACGCAGGAACAGGUGUUGACUUGUGAUCAGGCCCGUUCUGGCUGGGAUGGCCGUUUAAACCUACGGGGCGUUCAGACCAGGCCGCCGGAUUUGACGUUGGAGAGCCGUACGACGAUGAUCAAACGGCAGAGAAGAUAACCUUGUACACGGAGUACAGUUUGCGUGCAUAUGCUAACUGUCGAAUGCGCUUCCGUUUCGUCAGAGCAGGCGAAUCGGAAACACGGUGCAGACUUGCAGACAAGUUACAACCAACCGUGUGACGUUACUCUAUCCGACGACUUUUUUAGCAGAGUGCACGACGGGCAGCCGUGUCAGCGAUCGUUGAACCGCUGCUCCCCCUCGAUCGGCUGUCUGACGCGGCCUGCAGCUGGGGCGGGGGUCAGUUCUCUAUCUUUGCCGAGUCGAUUGGCCCGUCAUGGAGGCAUUUUUUCGGGGGGGGUGGUUUGCAGAGCGUGGGUAAGAGAGUUUACGAGUGGCUUCUGGUCGAGGAAGGGAAGAAGUCUAUGUAGGCGUCAUUGCGGCGAAGGAUCCCGCAAGGGGCUAGCAGCGUCGUCGCUCAAACGCUCCCGCAGCGAGCGAGUGCAAUGCGCAGCUGUGGCAUGGUCUGAAAAAGGCAUCGAGGCUCAGCUUGAAUGGGCCAGGGAUGGGAUGCCAUAGUGGCAUAGCGCUGGCUGUGCGGGCCAGACCAACCACCACGCUGCCACAAUCCUUCAGAAUCUCCUCCUCAUGAGAAGCAAUUUCCAGCAAAGCGCCAGGCGGCCACUGCCGGAAGCGUCCAAGACCCAAGUCC